AGCCAGAGGCGGAGGGGCAAACCGCGUUGGUGGAGCCCUGCUUGGGGGUGAGAUAUCAACCCGAUCCGAUGGCGGCAGCCCCGGAGAAGGAAGCGCCUCCGCACACGGAGAAGAGGCCGCAGCUUGGCGGGGAGGGCCGCGGCGCUGGCGGCCCCAGCGCCAACCAGGCGGCGCCGGAGCCCAAGCUUUCCACCCAAAAUGGCGGCGGCCGCAGCGCGGAGUCCGGCAGCCCUGAGGAGGUGGGGUCGGCGGCCGCAGCAGAGUGUAGGGGCGGCGGGCGCGGCGGCAGUAGGAUCCUCGCCCAGGACCAGCCCAAGGAUCCCCUUAAGGUGGUCGCGGCGGCUCUGCCCAAAGGCCCCGAAGAAUUGCCUGUUAAGCGGAACUUUCAGAUCCCCAGGAAGAGCCGAGAAAAGAAAGCACUGUUUCAGCCUCUUACUGCAGGUUCUCGAGAGUUCGACGAUGUUCUAAAAAUUCUGCACUCCUCUUACCUUGAGCCAGGUUCAGUGGCUAAUUUUAACUAUAAACGAGCAAGCUUGAUUCAUAGUGAGCUUUUGGAAAAGGAGUUCACAGAAAAACGGAGAGAGCUGAAAUUUGAUGGGCGUCUAGAAAAAGAACUUGUAGAAUCCUAUGCGUUUCUGAUGGUUGAUCGGCCUCAGGUGCAAAGUAUAUGUGAAAAAGGCUUACAGGUGGGACAAUCCAAAGUAGCAAUUCUUGGCAACCCAUCCAUGGGUAUUUACCUUUCCAAGUAUGCUGACUUAUUACAAGCUAAUCCUUUGGAACCUGGAGCAACGGGUGAUGUUGUUGUUUUUAAAAUAAUAAAGGGGAGAAUGAAAAGUGUAUAUGAUCACAUGGGUGUAAAAAAUCUGGAUUCAACAGUGACUAAAAGUGCUUUGGAUCCAACACCGAAGCAUGAAUGUCACGUGUCAAAGAGUGGUAAUAGAAUUACUUCACUAUUGGCUUACAGAGCAUUUGAACUUACUCAAUAUUAUUUUUAUGAGUAUGGUUUUGAUGAGCUCAGACGCAGACCAAGGCAUGUUUGUCCAUAUGCCGUUGUAUCAUUUGCUUAUAAGGAUGAUAUCGUACAAGGUCCAAAGUUUUUGCCCUCAUCAAGAUCAGUCAGCUUUAAUUCAGAUAGAAGUGCAGAUAAACCUAAUUACACCUUGUGGAGGGGACAGCUCUUAAAUAAAGGGAAACUUUUGUGCUCUGCUUCCUUGAAGUCAGCAACCCGUGCUUUCCUACCCUUCAAGCUUCCUGAGAAGCUAAAUGUUGACACUAUUAUGAGCAUUGAACACCUGAAACAGAAAAUUCCAUCAGAUCUGUUUUAUAAAGAAACAUACCUAGGUGCAAAGGAAGUAUUGAAGAGUGGAAUGUAUUGCAGUCUUUAUGAAGUUGUGGAAAAGACAAGAACUGGAAGUAACUUGGAGAAUUUAAUUCAAAAACUAGAGAAAGAAAAAUUAGUCCUUGUUAGACCGCUAGGAGACAGAGGCUAUCUUUUCUUUCUCUCUCCUUGUCAGAUGCCUUCUCCAUAUGAGCAACCGAACACCAAGUCCCACAUCUUACAUGCAUUGUUUCUCUUUCAAGAGCCUAGAGGUGUAGUGAAUCCACUGAAAGGUUCAGCUAAACCAGAACCAUAUCAACACAAUGAGGCUAUACCAGACAUCACGAAAUGUAUUCAAGCCAUCCAUUUUGCCUUAAUUCGGUGUCGUAAGGACACUUCAGCCGAUUUCAAUGUUGUUGUAGCAAAAUAUGUAAAUGAAUAUUUUAAGGGAUGCUUUGGUUCUGAUAAGUAUAGAGAAUUUGUCAUGUAUCCAUAUGAAUCACGGCUGGAUGAUAGAAAAUUCUUAUAUUCUGCACCAAAAAACAAAUCCCAUAUUGACAGUUCCUUGCGUAACUAUAUCUUUGGGUCUGAUGCUUAUCAACUUCGUGUUGACAAAGUAAAAGAACUGAUGGAAGAAAAUAAGAGAGUCCAUCAGUUCAGUCCCAUUUCAGAUUAUGAAGGCACAGAAGAAAAUGACUUUUCAAAAAUUGUAUCUCGCAAAAGAAAUACCUCCAAAAGUGAAAUUGAGAAAGAUGCAAAGCGGAAGCCAUAUUUUUGUGGGGAUUAUGAUCAGGAAAGGCUCAAAGAAUUGAUAAACUUAAUUCAGUGUAGGAAAAAAAAAUCAGGUGGAGAAUCUGAUACAGAAGAUAAUAGGAACCUAAGUGGUAUGAAGAGGAAACUGGAAAAUCUUCCUGAAAAUGUGAGGAAGCUCCAAAAAACGGGUGAUUUGUCAGAAAGCUGCCGCCAGUAUGAAGGGGGCUGUUCAUCAGACUCUCCACAGUCUGUUUUCUCACUUAUCAGUGGACUUGGCGGACACGAUACCGACAUGAGACAGCAAGAUAUUUCGGACUCUGGCGUUACUGACACACAUGGACUAAUUAAAUUGCUUUUAGAAACUUUAGCUAAUGGAGGACAAUUGGAUUCAUCUCUGGCCCGUUCUGUCAGCCAAGCCUUAGGAUUGAGUGCCGAUGAGUCAUAUGAAGAUCUGAGGCAAAGAUACGAAUAUGAACCUAUUCCUAUGAAGGAAAAUGAAGAAUAUGGACAGCUUAGUGCUGCAAAAGUGGAAAAUGUGAAUUUUAAGGAUCCACAUUGCUCAGAAAUGUUGGAAACUGAUACAUUGUGUUUGAAAUAUCCCAUUGAUGUUGACUUAAGGGUUUCUUCCAGCAAAAUAGGGACCGAACUUAUUCCGCAGUUGAAAGAAGAUCCAAAUUCUGGGAGCGUGAGUAGUUUUGAUAGCUACAGUCCAUGUCCUAAUACACCUGUCGAACACGGAUACCAUAGGCAGCAUUCCAGCUCAAAUAAUGGAGAGGCUGGGAUGCACUGGAAAUUAAUUCCAAUUACAGGAGGGACUGGAAGAAGUCCAGAGGAUCAACUGGGAAAGCAUGAUGAUAACCAAACAUCAGGUAUGAAAUCACCAGAGGAACAACUGGUUUAUCUGCCACCAGAAGAUGCCUUUCCUAAUGAUCCCCGUGUAGUAAAUAGACAAAGAAGUUCCGAUUACAAGUUUCCAUACUCUCCAUUUUCAGACACACUCAAAGGGACAGUGGAAGAUGGAGUGUCCACAAGUCAGGUGGAGAAAGUUGAAGAACAGAGUGUGCUAGCAACAAAACAUCCUUUUGUAGUUUCCCAGGGCCCGAGGGGAACAAUAAAGAAUAUAAUGCUAGAAGAAUAUAAUGUCUUUUCAAGGAAGAUUGAAGAAUUUUUGGGGCAAAAUAAUACUCCAAAUGUCAAAAGGCUAUCCACACCCAGCUUUUCGGCCCAAGGAAGAGCAUUAAAAUUUUCUAAGUCUAUGUAUUCCCAGGGUUCUGAUGUUGGGGUGCAGCAGUAUGUAAAUAGCUUUCAUGAGAAACUGAAUGAUAUUGUUACCCUGCCAACACCCUACCAAAGAAAUAUACCACCAGUCAAUAUUAGUACUGAACAAACCCAAAAUGAAGUUGCUGAAUUGCCACUGAGCCCUCCAAAAGGCCUGAUUGUACAAGUUUCAUCAAGUGAUAAUAACACCACGCUGGUACCAGGGCCAUUUGAUAGUGAUGGUGUGAAAGAUCUCGAGGCUAGCGAGCAGCCUUCCUCCACAACUCUGGGUUUAGCUGAAGUAGAACUGGAUCAGGUAAACAAUACCACAGACAUAAUAUUGACUUCAGAUGCCACUGCACCCAAUGAGGUUUUUCUGGAACCAACAGAAAAAGAAACACCAAAAUCACCUGAUAAUUUAAGCAUUUCUACUCAACCAGCUCUGUCAGAUUUUAUAAGCCAGUUGCAACCUGAAGUGUUUAACAGCUUGGUCAAAAUCAUUAAAGAUGUGCAGAAAAACACAGUGAAAUUUUACAUUCAUGAAGAAGAGGAAAAUAUUCUUUGUAAAGAAAUAAAGGAAUACCUUACCAAAUUAGGAAAUAUGGAGUGUCAUCCAGAGCAGUUUUUGGGAGGAAGAUCAGCUUUAGAUAAGCUGUUGAUCAUCAUCCAAAAUGAAGAUAUUGCAAGUUUCAUCCACAAGAUUCCUGGCUUAGUUACUUUGAAGAGGCUAUCUUGUGUCAGUUUUGCUGGUGUUGAUAGUUUGGAUGAUGUGAAAAACCAUACAUACAAUGAGUUGUUUGUCUCUGGAGGCUUUAUUGUGUCCGAUGAAUCUGUUCUUAACCCAGAAUCUGUCACAGUUGACAACCUCAAAAAAUUCCUGAUGUUUCUUGAGGAAUUAAAUACUCCAGAUGGCAAGUGGCGAUGGAAAAUACACUGUAAGAUGCAGAAAAAACUCAAGGAACUUGGCAGAUUGAACACUAAGGCCCUAAAUCUCCUGACACUUCUGAAUGCCUAUCAGAAGAAAUAUCUGGUUGAGAUUCUUUCAUACCAUGACUGUGACUCUCAGACUCGCAAUGCCCCUGAACUGGACUGUCUCAUCAGACUUCAGGCCCAGAAUAUACAGCAAAGACACGUUGUCUUCUUGACAGAAAAGAAUACCAAGGCAUUUUCAAGUUAUGCUGAUAGUGGAAUAGUAGUUGCAACACCUGAGGACUUCAUGCUAAACUUUAAAAGUCUCGUGGGAUACCACAAUUCUGACACCGGAGAAAACUGCCUUCCCCUACAUGGUGCUAAUGAGAGUCUUGAGCCUCAGUCAGCUCUUGUAGAAAGCGCCGAAAAGGACGAAGAGGACAUGUCUCUGGAUUCAGGGGAUGAAAUCUCUCCCAUAGAAGUGUGCAGCAGUUCUCAUUCAGAAGGAUUGGAGAUAGGCACCAAUGGAUCACAUGCAACCAGUCAGAAAGAGUGCUCUCCAACUGAAUUGCAGCUGCCAACUGAUGAGCAAAGAAGUGUGUUAGAGGAAAAGACUCCUAAAAUGGAUUCAGACGAGAUGCCGCCAGUUACUCCUGUUGCCAGAGCAAGCUCUGAAGGAGACAACUUUGAGGUUUACCCCAGUAGACAAUUAAGCAUGUCCCAUCAGUUCAGCCAUCUUAAUGUGCUCACUCAUCAGACUUUUUUGGGAACGGCAUAUCCUGUGUCAAGCCAGAGCCAAGAAGGUGGGGAUUACUUUUUAUCUGUUUAUAGUCAAAACUUAGAUUCCAAUAAACCAUCCUCUCCGGCUAGCUGAGAUGUAAAUAAUGAACCUUCAAGGCCAUAGUCAAGGCAAAAAUAAGCGCAAUUGCAUUUUUAAUAGGCUGUUGUGGAAUUUUUCUGUUUCAUAAACUUAACAGUUUAUAUUCUCUUGAUGAAAUAUUUCAUGUUCUCAACUAUUUUCCCGUCUUAUUUAAGUCACGAUAGUCUGUAACCGUGAAGCAUCUGCAAAUUUAAAUAAAUAUAUAUUUUUAACAUUUAUUGUAUUGGAAU